AUCUCGAGACUCACGGCACAACUGCGCUCGGCCAAAGACCACUUGUCGCGUGUGGACGCCACAAACGGUUCUUUGCAGGACGAGCUGCGCUCUAUGGGCGAGCAGUUGGUGGCGCUCCAAGCCCAGCUCCAGCGCGAAGAGAACAAGUACGAACGGAGUCUGUUGCAGUUCAAUCUGCAGUUGGUGUCCAAGGACGACGAGAUCCGGGAGUUGGCGUCCCAACUCCGCGACGCCAAGGAUAACUUGUCGCGCUCGUCCCGGCGCUGCAGCGGCGACUCUGCCGGUGGCGGCGGCAGCAGCAACAUCAUCAUCAAUAAGCGCCUCAGUGUCGACGCCGGAGGCGCUUCCGUUGUUUCCGUGUCCAGCAACGGCAGUGUUGUUGGUGUCGGGGAAUCCGGAGUGCUCAGCAAGCUGGAACUCAUUCGGGCAGCGACGAGGUUUCAUUCAAAAGUUGGGCGUUCUCAUCUAAACCUGUCCAACUUUUCAUGCAUCUCCUGGCAAACAAAACAGAAUUGCGUGUCCUGCUCAUCCCUGGAAAAGUCCACGCUGGCCGAACUGGAGGCGGAAUUCCGGGGAUUGAGUCAAGUGAUGGACGGCCACCACGGAAGACCCUCGAUGACGGACUGCAUUGACCAAGACGAGAACUCGGCAACAGCCAAAGCCACGAGGAGUAUUUUGAAGAAACGCGUGGACGAGGCUGCUCAUCAUCACCAUCAGCAAGACAGGGUCAACGCGAGUGCGUGCUACCCUGCUGACUGCGGGUCGACAGGCUCGCUGCUGACCCUGCCUUUGUCGCUGGGCGAAGAGCUGUCGUCGGUCAUGAUGGACUCGGGUGCUGACGGAAGUGGGGGCAAAAUAGCGGAAGAGUUUGCGGCCAUGCGUGACAAAUUGCUGCAGGCUGAGGAGGAAGGCGCUGUCCUGGCGAACCAGUUGCUCAGAACCAAGGAGGAACUUCUCACUGAGCGAGAACAAGCCAAAAGACUCUUGACAGACGCGUCGACGCGCGAUCGUCACCAGCAACAAACCAUUGAAAACCUGGUCCGAGAAAACGCGACUCUGCGCCAAGAAAUCGACGCCCUCCGACGCGAACUCGUCACUUUCCGCCAACUAAUUCGCGACGAGGAUGAGCGAAACUAUUCCUCUCUGCCCUCGUCCGCAUCCCUGGAACACGCGUCUGUGCCGAUUCUCUCACCGAUCGCGGAAAACGAAGAUUACUCCAAAGCCUCGGCCGACAAGGAAAACGAGCGAAUCUGCGCCGAUUCCCAGGUGAUGAUGAGCAAUAAACGACGCGUGCAGAAACGAGCCCCUUCCAACACUAUUGGCAGCAGCAAUAAUUCGCCGAGUUCGAGUGCUGCAGCAUCGCGGGGCUUGAAACGAGCGACGCGAACCAAUUCCAUGCCACUGGGUGCCUCGAGUCCCUUUGCUGUGCUAAAAUCCCAGUCCACUUCUGCUGUAAUGGGCCAUCAUCAUCAUCAUUCCACGAGUGUUGCUGAAUCGCCGAGGCGGAACUCCAUUAACUGGACGAGCAAG